CUGAUAAUAAACCACGAGUAUAUGUAAUACUAUUAGCCGCUGUCGUCCAGUGAAAAGUGGGUUAAUCGGUGUUAGAAGGUGUCGAAUCGAAGGAGAAGCUCGCUGAGCUGGUGUCGCUCACAUCGCGGUGACAGCUCCGGGAGAGAAGAAGAUGCCAGCAGCCGCAGCAGAGGUGUCAUGUGACGUCAACAAAAGUGUGGACAACAUCUGCCGGCUUUCUCCAGAUCUGUUAGAAGAAGCAUGUCAGCACAUUCUGACUUAUCUUCAAGGGCGAGCUACAGGAGUAGAUUCAGCUCAAAUGUCUGAUACAUUUCAGAGAGCUGGAGUUAGACUUGACCAUGAAGCCCUGCAGCACAUGAUCCGUUUCCUGUUGCUAACAUUCAGGUCAGCUGGGAAAAACAACCUGUCAGGAGAUGACCUUGUGUCGAGGCUGGAGGAAAGUAGCAACAAGUGGUCCAAAGCUUCUCUGCAGGUGUUGCACAGGUUGUGGAGUGAACAUGGUGCAUCGGUCCACACUCAGCAGGAGGUCCAGGCAAUGCUCAGCAUCGGCCAGCUAGUGGACAUCCAGUGGAAGCUUGGGAUGGCGGUGAGCUCCGACACCUGCCGAUCUCUCAACUCUCCAUAUGUGUGUCUGUUGCUGAAGAUCGCCGAGCCCUCGGGACAAAUCUGUCUGAAGUCUUUUGAAAUGACCGUUCCACAGUUCCAGCACUUUCACAAGCAGUUCAAGGAGAUGGCCGCUGCAAUGGAGACUGUAUGAUGGCUGUUACACCUCAGUGCUUGUAAGCAGUGGAACCAGAGUUGUAUUGGCAAUGGGGUUUGUCUGCUUGCUGUUUUGCAAAAUGUGCAUUUGAUUUGUUGCAACUCUCAACUCUCAGCUUUGCCUUUUAAGUUUAUAUAUUUGAAUGCCAUUAUUGCAGUAUACGUGUCAUCCUUCCAUCAACUCAUCCAGAUAUCAGGAAUUUAAUGUGGUGUAUACGUACGCUGCUAAUGCUACAAAUCCAUGACUAAUAAUAUUAUUGUUCAUUAAUUACAGAAUGUAGAAUAUUGAUAUGGUUUAUUUUAAUCCGUUUUCUUCUGGCUUUGUACUUAUUAUACAUUUGCACAGUUGCUAAUGUUUUGUUGUCUCAGAUCAGGGGCAAGAGAUUGUGAUUGUUCUGCUUUACAAUAUGAUGAAUGCUAUUUAGCUUCAUAUAAUGUUUAAAAUUGUCCAUAUUAACAAACCGUCCUGUCAUUUUUUUGUCUAAAUUAUUUUGCUCUUUCUGUUUUUCUUGAUAAUGUUUAUUGUGAUUCUGAGUUUGCCUUUUUUUGUUUUUGUUCCAUCUUCACCUUAAGUAUUAAAUACUUAUUAAAUGUAAA